AAUGUGCAGAUUAUUUGCCUCGUUGUGAUCAUCGGAGCUGCCCUGGCAGAUUCUUCCGACCGGAAGAGUCGCCAUGUUAUUGGUGCAAUUGAUGACGGGUUGGUUCUAACAGAGGACGAUGUGAUCGUUGGCCCCGUUCCAGUGCCAAGCGAUGAAGUUGCUAUCCCAACAAUCCUUACCUCAACCGGCCCUGCAGCCUUCCUGGGUGGACUUCCGGACCAGAAGACGGAAGAAAUACGCUUGCAAUACGGCGGCGGAGGAUCUUACGGCCGUCCACAAAGUUCAUUGUAUUACGGUCGUCCAUAUGGUGGAGGAUAUUAUGGCCGUCCUAAUGGAUUUAAUCGUCCCUUUGGCGGAUUCAGUCGCCCAUAUGGCGCAUACGGUCGACAAUAUACUCCCAACUUUGGAGGCUACAGCCAAUUUGGCGGUCUAUCCAAUGCUGGCGGAGUAUCGAAUGGACAGGGUAACGGAAACAGCGGAGGUGGAACUGUUAACUUUGCUGGAGGAUACGGAUCCGGACUCGGGGGAGGAUAUGCAGGCGGAUAUGGCAGCGGUUACAAUGCAGGGCUUGGUAGCGGGUACAACGUAGGACUUGGUAAUGGCUACGCAGGAGGACUAGCCAGUAGCACCUACACCACCGGAUAUGGUAGUGGAUUUGUUCCCGGCGUAGGCAGCGGAUUUUCAUUGCGCCCAAACUACAAUUUCGGAAAAUAG